AUGACGCUCGUUGCCUCCACUGUGGCUUCACCAGGUGAUCGGAUCAAUUUCUUGCCGCAUCAUGGGGUGCUGCGGACUUCGGCUGCCGGUUCCAAGAUUCGCGUCGUCUUCAACGGAUCAGCUCGCACGUGCGCCGGGGCGUCUCUCAACGGUGUGCUGCACUCUGGACCUAACUUGCUGCCGUCUCUCGCUGAUGUCUUGACUCGAUGGCGGCGGCACCGGUACGUCUUCAUGGCCGACGUUCAAAUGAUGUACCGGCAAAUUCAGCUUCAUCCGGACGAUCGAGACCUACAACAGAUCCUGUGGGCAGAGAACAACGGGGUCAGCGAGUACCGGCUAAAUACGGUCACGUAUGGCUUGGCGAGCGCACCAUACCUCGCCAUACGAGUGCUGCGGCAGCUUGCGUCAGACGAAGCCAACCGUUUCCCGCUCGGUGCCGACGUCCUGCAGCAUGACGUGUAUGUGGACGACAUACUCACCGGAGCUGCUGACCUGGACUAUGCUUGUUGCCUCCUGGGACAAGUGACCUCGCUCUGCAUGGCGGGCGGCUUUCCGCUGAGAAAGUGGGCCUCUAACGAUAACCGCCUCCUGGAGUUCAUCCCUGUCGAGCAUCAACUAGGCACGACGACCGGCGCGAGGUUAUCUGCAGACGAGCAUUCGGUGCUGGGUCUUUGCUGGAAUCCGCACGAAGACACCUUCUCGUUGUCUGUCCGGCUGACUCCAUCGGCCCCACCUACCAAGCGGACCGUGCUGGCGCAGACCGCUCGCCUGUUCGACCCGCUGGGCUGGCUAGCACCAAUCCUCUUCGAGUGGGACGCACCGCUAUCACGCGAGGACACCGUCGCAUGGACAGCCCUCGAGGAGGAAUUGCCGGUGCUGGAAAAGAUCAGACUGCCACGUUGGCUGCACAGCAACACUCCACGCAGCCCCGUGGAGCUCCACGGCUUCUCGGAUGCCUCCGAACGGGCUUACGCUGCUGUGGUCUACAGCAGGGUGGAGGAUGGCGGACUGCCCCGCAUCAACCUGGUGGUCGCCAAGAGCAGAGUGGCCCCGUUGAAGCGUGUAUCGCUGCCGAGACUAGAACUCUGCGGAGCGGCUCUGCUGUCAAAGCUAGCAGAACAUGUGCGGCUCUCCUUGGGUCUGGAGAGGUCGGCGGUCACCCUCUGGACGGAUUCUACGUCGCUACACAAGGAGAACCCUGCAGACUGUGCCUCCCGAGGGGUGUCACCGAAGGAGCUCCUGGAACAUCAUCUAUGGUGGCGAGGGCCGGAAUAUCUCCGCCAUCACGCGGACUUUUGGCCGAAGGACGUCAAGCUCUUGGAGACGGCCGACUUACCGGAGCAGAGACCGUUCCGAUGCCAUGCAGCCGCCGAGGAACGAGAAGCUGAGGAGCUCUGCCGCUUUUCCUGCCUUCGUCGCCUGCUUCGCGUGUCCGCCUGGAUCUGGCGCUGGAGGGCACGAGGGCGUCACUCAGCAGACAGCGAAGCUGUGUCGGCCUCCUUGGAACCUGAGGAGCUGGAGGCCGCUCUAUCUAAAUGGAUCCAGGUAGCUCAGGAGUCGAGCUACCAUGCCGAGCUGCAAAACGUCCGUGCUGAAAGGACGCUGCCUGCCCGGAGCUCACUCCGCAAGCUGGUUCCCAUAUUGGACGACGAGGGCACCCUGCGAGUCAGCGGGCGUCUGAAACACGCAAUUUUGGAUGCCGAUCAACGUCAUCCUGCCAUCCUACCGCCGCAGUCUCACCUGACGCACCUGGUGGUUGACGCCGCCCACAGGCGAACACUUCACGGCGGAGUCCAGGCCACCUUGGCUCAUAUCAGCUCCCGCGCCGUACAUCUUGAAGCUGUCAGCGACUACACCGCCGAGGCCUUCUUAGCGGCCUUUCGUCGGUUCGUGUCCCGACGAGGGUUGUGCACAGUCGUGUAUAGCGACUGCGGCACUAAUUUUGUGGGCGCGGACCGACAGCUUAAGGCCCUUUUCAAGGCUGCUGGCCGUGAGAUCCAGACCAUUGUUGGGCACCUGGCAGACCGAGGAGUGCGGUGGAGCUUCAAUCCACCGGCAGCUCCACAUUUUGGCGGCCUGCGGGAAGCGGCGGUCAAGGCGGUUAAACACCACCUGAGACGCACCAUCGGCGAGGCCAGACUGACCUUUGAGGAACUGUCGACGUUCCUCACAGAGGUUAAAGCCUGCCUCAAUUCUAGGCCGCUCGAAGCCUUGACGGAUGACCCUGACGACCUCCGUGCCCUGACGCCUAAGCAUUUCCUGGUGGGAAGCCCUCUCCUCGCCAUCCCGGAGCCGUCACUCCUGGACGCAUCAGCCAACCGGCUGAAUCGGUGGCGUCUCCUGCAGCAGAUGCGGGAUCACCUGUGGCAGCGGUGGACCCGCGAGUAUCUACAGCACCUCAGCCCGCGGCCCAAAUGGUGGGCCACUCGUGGAGCUAUUCUCGAGGGCCAGUUGUGUCUGGUCAAGGGCGAGAAUACCCCGCCGUGCCGGUGGCCGCUUGCUCGGAUCACGCGCGUGCAACCCGGCAUGAACGGGGAGAUACGCGUGGUGGAUGUCCGCACGUCCGUUGGCGAGUUAACCCGGCCAGUGGUUAAAAUCGUACCACUGCCGACGGCUGCCGCCAAGGACCCAGAGCCACCCGCGUAA